AUGAAGAACAAGUGGGACCAAAUGAAGAAGGAAUGGAAAAUUUGGAAGGAAUUAAAAAGGAGUUCUACCAGUCUUGGUUGGGAUUCAGUGAAGCGAACAAUUGAUGCACCUGAGGAAUGGUGGGCUGAAAGGCUUGCGGUGAGCUUUGUUUGUAAACUGCUUUAUUUUGUAACCUUAUAUUUUAUUCUAAUUUGGUGUUUGUCAAUUUCUGUGUUGGUGGUGCCUGCUGCAAAGAAGUUUAAGCUUUCAGGAAUUGAGCUUAAAUUGGACGAGAAACUCGACCGCAUGUUUGAGGGAGUGGUUGCAACGGGGAACUAUGCAUGUAGCCCAUGCGAGACAGGGUUCGCUGGCAAAGCCGUGAAUCUGGGAACCGCUGGAGGUUCAGAUGAUUUCAUUGACGUCCCCAGCCCAGAUCAAAACGAAUAUAAAACAAUUUCCCGUUCCAAACGUCCGAGGGUUGUUGAUAAAAGAAAAUAUGGUGCUUCUUUCCUCAGAAACAAACUAUCUGAGGUGGUUUCUUGUUUCAAAGCAGAAUGUCAGACUUCUCAUUCAAGCACUAUCGCGGAGGCAUUUGAAAUCCUAAGUGCUACAACCAAAAUUUAUGCAGAUGAAGAGUUGUAUCUGUUCGCAGCAGAAUCGCUAGAGGAACCGGUCCGUAGGGUUUUCUUUGUGCAGAUACCUGCCGCCCGCAGAGUGACAUAUAUUCGGCGUUAA